AUGGUCGUCGUCACGAGACCGCCAGCCAACGCCUUCGUGGCUUGGGCGCGCAAAAUUUACAACCCGAUGGGCUUCGCCAAGGGCUACAACUUUGUCCUGUGGUUCAUCUUUGGCGGCGCGCUCGUCGGGUUCGCCCUGGCGCGCUUCAUGUACCUCAACAUCCCGGGCAUCUUUUGCGCCGGCGGCGCCAACGGGGCCAGCCCCGGAGAGUGCUACUACUACAUGAAGGGCCGAGAGCGCGUCGGCCUGAUCCUCCACCUCGCGGGCAUUCUCCCGGCCGGCCUGCUCGCCGUUUUCCAGUUCCUGCCCGUCAUCCGGCACAAGAUCCUCAUCGUACACCGGGUCAGCGGAUACAUCAUCAUCCUGCUCUCCAUGGUCGGCAUCGCCGGCGUCUUCAUGAUUGCGAGGCACGGCUUGGGCGGUGGUCUCGACGUGCAGUCCGCGGCGGGCAUUGCCAGCAUCAUCUUUGUGACGUGCAAGGCGAUUGCGUUUUACAACAUCAAGGUGCUGCAGAUCGAGCAGCAUCGCGCCUGGAUGCUGCGCGCUUGGGUCAUUGCUGGCUUUAUCGUCACGAUGCGCAUCAUUGGCAUCAUCAUGGCCAAGAUCAUCGGACGACCCGGCGGCGAGUACUACGUGGCCCGCCCCUGCUACCUCGUCGACAACAUGUUUCACGGGAACCAGUCCCGCGUCGAGGACCUCUACCCGGCGUGUGCGGCCUUUUACUCGGGCGCCGAUCCCAACGUUCACGUCCCCAUCCACGCAGACAUGACGUCUGGUCGACCCGACCAGAUUGCCUCGUCCUUCAACAACAGCUUCGGGCCGGCGGGUUUCCUCGCGCUCAUCAUCCACGCCAUCGGCGCGGAGGUCUACCUGCAUCUCACGCCGCGCGAGUCGGAGCGCCUGCGCCGCGUUUCGUACCAGCGGCAGCUCGAGGCCGGCAUGAGGAACCCCGGAAAUGCGGGGCUCACGGCCCAGAAGGUUGGAGAUGCCGAGCCGUGGUUUCCCAAUGAGCCGCGCGUUGAUGAGAUGAACUCGAGCUCCGUCGAGGAUAAGCCUGCAUCAGCAUAG